AGCUGUCCUGGAGUACUUUUUGCGCAGAAUCUCCCUCCUUGGAUCCUCUUGUCUUCAGCAAGCCGUAGACCUCCGUAGCCAAGUUUUCCACAGCCCUGCGAAACUAAGUUAUUCACCACCAUGUCUUCUGGAAACGCUCAGAUUGGCAAGCCUGCGCCAGAGUUCAAGGCCACAGCUGUGGUCGAUGGCCAGUUCAAGGAAAUCAAGCUGUCUGAUUACAAAGGGAAGUACGUGGUCGUCUUCUUCUACCCCUUGGACUUUACCUUCGUGUGCCCGACUGAGAUCAUUGCCUUCAGCGACAGAGCAGAGGACUUCCGUCGUAUUAACUGUGAAGUCAUCGGCUGCUCCAUUGACUCUCAUUUCACCCACUUGGCAUGGAUCAACACACCAAGGAAAGAAGGAGGGCUGGGUGCCAUGAAGAUCCCCCUUGUUGCAGAUCUCACAAAAUCCAUUUCCAGAGACUACGGCGUGUUGAAGGAGGAUGAAGGCAUUGCAUACAGGGGUUUGUUUGUGAUUGACUGUAAGGGAACCUUGAGGCAGAUCACCAUCAACGACUUGCCUGUGGGUCGCUCUGUGGAUGAGACCCUGCGUCUGGUGCAAGCCUUCCAGCACACUGACAAACACGGAGAGGUUUGUCCCGCCGGCUGGAAGCCUGGGAGCGACACAAUCAUCCCCGACGUGGAGAAGAGCAAAGCCUUCUUCUCCAAGCAGUAAAUCCCAAGGUCUUCUGUCCAGCAGAUUGUUCAUGAGUACAGCACUUGUUUUUUGGAUUGGAGGUUUCCCUGUGAAAUACCACAGAUCUCACCCAUUAGAAGAAACUUAACUUCCUCUACAAGUAUCAUCCUUGUCUGUUUAGGCUGCAGUUGAUGGGAUAACCUUUUAGUCUCAUGCACUGAAACUAUAGUUUAGUUUUGCUCCCUUUUUUUUUUGUUUUUCAAAAAAGUGAUAUUUUUCCUUGCUGUCAUUUGCUACCAUCUCUAUUAAAACUGUGGAAGAACA